GUUUCAGGUUUGAAUGAAGAACUCAAUUCGGGGGAAUUGAGUCAAGCAAAAAAUUUAAACAUCAUUUUCAGUUUCAGUGACCAAAAAUGAGUCAAGUAUGGAGCUUUGUGUCUGUGAGGAUGAGCAAAAAUGGACAAGUGUCAAGUAUUUGGAGAUCAUUUAUCUGAAUUUGAGGAGCACGACCACACCUCCAUACAUGCCCCUCUAUAUGUAACCUCCCCUGCUCCACAGGCUGUACGAUCUGUUUUACGUGCCCCCCUCUUCAGUUCAUUCUCUCCUCAUUAGUACCUGGGGAUCUGCCCCUGAGCUGCUGCCAUGCUCCUCUGAGACCUUCCCCAGACCGCAGCCUCAAUUCACAUUCAAGCCAUCUGCUGGAAACGCUGUCAAACCUGAAUGAGGAUGUGGUCCACGCAAGUGAACCGAUACUUGUGUGCCUGUUUAGCAAACCUGGUUGGCCAGGCGACCACAUAGUCAGUGCUCAGCACAGUGUCCUGGGUUAGGUCUGACUCGGGGCCCUUCACUGCAUGUUUCCAAUGUUGAACAAAUAAAGACUAAAGUUGCCCCAAAACAUCCAUCCAUCCAUUUUGUUCUGCAGUUUAGGGUCACAGGGGGGCUGGACCUUAUUCCAGCUUUCACAGGACGUGAGGUGGGGCACACCACGGUGUAAAAAUAGGAGACAGACAAACAUUUAUGCCCAUCGUCGAUUUACAAUAACUAAUUACCCAACCCAGGAAGAACAUGCAGACUCCACACGGAAAGGAUUCGAAAUCAGGACCUUGGAGCCGACAGUGCUAACCAUCUCAUUGCUACGCUGCCUGCACAAAAGCUAAUGUUUACACUGCACACAGAGUCUGCUGGGGUUUUACCUCCAACACCAGAGGAUGACCACAGAAACGAGCAGGCAUCUGAAGUGAGAGAGCGGCAGUCAGCACAAAGUUAUUGAGACCAAAGUUACAACAAUGUAGUUUAUAAUAAGAAGAGGUUUUUAACAAAGUAAAUACAGAAAUAAACAGCAUCAAGUGGAAGAGCCCUUUUUUCAUUAUUUGGAAUGAAUUUGACCUGAAAUACAAGCUAACACAGCUGAAAGAAAAUAAACCGAGAAAGCUGCUUCAAUGCUAAACUCCAACAAAAUACUAAAACAAAGGCUGGCCAGGAGCAAGGCAUCCAAAAGCUAGACACACGACCAAGACGGAGGCAUUAAAUACACCAGGUGAAAAGGACACAGGACACCGUGGAGGACAGCUGAACCUAACGUAGAGAGCGAGACAGUGGAUGUAAAACUGGAUUCAAAGCACAGCAGACAAAGUAAAACAGGAAGCAACAGAAACACAGACACAAAAUCAGGAGGGCAGAAAAAAGCUGCAAAAUGAAUGCCUAACCCUGACCCUCAAACCUAACUGUAACCCUGACACUAAAACCACUUUGUGAGUCUCAGACUUGUGGGGACGGACACUUUUGACAUCACCAGCAUCCUCCUGUCACACCAACCCUCUGCAUGUCCAUCUUCAGUCUUUUCUGUGGUCUUUUUCUUCUUCCUGGCAGUUGUACUUCUUGUCCAACAUAUCUACUCUCCCUCCUCUGCACAUCUUCAAACCAUCUCAGCCUCACCUGCCCCUCUGAUCUACUCAUUUCUAAUCCUGGUCACGCCCAAUAAAGGUCUCCAGCUCCACUUCCUGUCUGUUUUUUUACUCUCUUCACUGAUUCGUACAUUUCUGUCUCUCUGUCUGCUUCUCUCUUUGCUGUACUCCCAGGCUCCCAGUACUCCAGUUUACUUUCUUCAUCUCUUGACUAUCCCACUUCUCUUUGCUAACCUCUUUAGAAAAUCAUUGCAUUUACAUAUAACACAGAUUCCAACUUCUUCAGAAUUUCUGUAACACAAAAUUAGGAAAGAUAUAUAUAUUCUUCCUGUUUGACAGGAAGACGGGCAGCUGCAGUGAAGCUUUAACAUUUACUUCCUCCUCACUCUGUUAGAUUCCCCGAUCAGAUCAACAGGUCACGACAUCUUCGAAUAACAACAAGUCAAAUACAAAAUCCUGACAUAUAAAAGCAGAAAGAGUUUAGAGUCAACGGUAAUCCCACCAUCUCAGUCCGUCUCUUUAUCAGCACUGCUGUAAUUUGUUGUUUAAGUAGUCAGUUGUAGAGCAGGACACAUGACGCAGGAACUAAACUCAAGAAAAGGCUUUUAGUGCUGCGAGUUCAAAGACAUAAAGAUGAAAAUGAAUUUAAGUUUAGUUUCCUCUUUAUUGUCUAAAUCUGCUUCUCUGCAACACUUUGAUACCUUCAAGCAGCAGGUUACAGAAACAGCUUUUAAAAAGAGAAAAAGGGAGGAAGUAUUGACCACAGAGACAUUAACUCACCACCUCAGUGUGUCAGUCAGUGUCUUCAUCAGCACUGCUGCAGUUUGAUCACACAUUUAAAGAAGUCAUUCAGUCGGCUCAUUAAAAGGUAAGGAUGGCAGUUUGGGACAAAAACACUCUGUGGGGUCUCCUGUUCCUGCUGGCAGGUGCUGUGGGUCAAACUGUGAUCUAUCCUCUCACGUCUACCUGUGCUGUCAGAGGAUCCACUGUCACCCUCCCCUGCACCUUCACACCUCGGAAGUCUUUCGAUGACGGUGGGAAAGAAGUUCCUCUAAAGAUCGUCAGAGUCCGCUGGUGUAAGAACCAUGAGAUCUGUCAGGGCGGCACUCCGUCUGUGUUUGACAGUAACUCAGCAAACAGAGAUCCUCGUUAUCAAUAUCUGGGAGACAUGAAGACAAAAUGCACUUUACAGAUCAGAGAUGUUCAGCAGGGAGACAGCGCAACCUUUCGCUUCAGGAUGGAAGCUGAUCAUCCUGAAGGACAUUUUACUAACAGGACAGGAGUGACUGUCAGAGUUGAUGAUUCGACUAAAAUGAGAAUAAUCAGCUCCAGUGAUGAUAAAAAGUUGAGCAGAGGUGAAACCGUCACACUGCUCUGUGCUUCAGUCUGCACUUUCCACCAACUGGAGGUCAUCUGGUUCAAAGAUGUCCACGCCCUCUCAGAGACCGGCCCCUCUCUUGAGCUCGACUUCCUGACUGCAGAGGAUUCUGGGAGCUACACCUGUGCUCUGAAGAACAACAUUGAGACUCUCUCUGAGCCGUACAGCCUGCAGGUGACGGGAGAGGCAGGCGCUGUGGGUCAAACUGUGAUCUAUCCUUUCACGUCUACCUGUGCUGUCAGAGGAUCCACUGUCACCCUCGCUUGCACCUUCACACCACCUAAGUCUGUCGAUCAGAGGGGAAGAGAAGUUCCACUAAAUAUCGUCAGAGUCCUCUGGUAUCAGAGCCACUGGUAUCAACUCUGUCAGCUCACCAAACCAUCUGCGUACGACAGUGAUUCAACUAACAACGAUCCUCGUUAUCAAUAUCUGGGAGACAUGAAGACAAACUGCACUUUACAGAUCAGAGAUGUUCAGCAGGGAGACAGCGCAACCUUUUCCUUCAGGAUGGGAGUUAAUCAUCGUGGGGGCCAUUUCACUAACGGCACAGGAGUGGCUGUCAGAGUUACUGAUGGGAUUAGGAUGGGAAUAAUCAGCUCCAGUGAUGAUAACAAGUUCAGAAAAAAAGAAACUGUCACACUGCUCUGUGCUUCAGUCUGCACUUUUCAUCACCUGGAGGUCACCUGGUUCAAAGAUGGCUGCAUCCUGUCAGAAACAGGCUCCUCCCUCCAGCUGAGCUCUCUGACUGCAGAGGAUUCUGGGAACUACACCUGUGCUCUGAAGACCAACAUGCAGACUAUGUCUGAGCCGUACAGCCUGCAGGUGGAGGCAGAGGCAGGAGUCAAAGUGGACAACCUGACAGCUGCCCGUCUGCUUCUGUUCAGUGCUCACACGGUGCUCAUCAUCUUUGUGGCAUCAGUAGUACUCAAAGGACGUGUUGUCUGCAGGUCAGGAGAGGGUCAGCAGCAGACAGCUGAGAGACUUGUGGCGGUUCAGCCUCCAGAUGUCACUGAGGAGCCGAGGACCAACGAAGAAGAACGAGGCCAGGCUGUGUGACGGCGCCGUCACCUGUAAUAUACCUGCUGUAAUAAUCACCUGUGGACAUCAGAGUUGUGACUGUACAAAGGCUUCUUCUUUAUACGAAUGCAGAAGUUGUAUUUUACUUUAAAACUCAUAUUUUGGCUUUUAGUUUGAGUUUUCAGUGAUUGAAAAUACUUCCAUGUGAAGAAUGAGUACAACCAUGAAAAUAUGGAGCUGUGGUGUUUAAUUAAUGUGAGGAAUGUUAAACAUUAAAUGAUGUGUGUGUGUAUACUAUUUUAUUUGUGGAUGCGUUUAAAAAUUCAUCUUAGCAGCUGUUAAUAAAGACGACCUCAGACGAUAAACCUGCUGUGUUAAUGAUCUGAUGUUCUUUCUGUGCCUGUGAACAUUAACUGUGUCAGCAAUGAACUCUUAUCAUGAAGAUAUUUAGUAAAUGUGGCUUUCACAAGCUGCUGCUGUGUGAUGUUUGUGGACUUUGGUAUCAGGUCACCGAAGCUGUGCUGGUUUAAAUAACAGAGUCGGUGGCUCAUAGUUUGGUCCCAGCUUCGCUGUUGUGAUUGGUGUGGGGUAGGGACAAGCUUGGGGCGUCGGGGGAUUCCCCAGAAGUGUCUUCCUUGGAGGGCUCAACCCGGGGUUGCGGUCAUGGCCUGUUAAGGGCUCUGUUGGCUCUUAGGUGAUGGUUUCCUCGUGGCUGCGUGCAGCGGGGCUAGGGGAG